GCUUGUUCAGCCUGCUAUUACUUCCAUUGCUCCAUCUGUAACAUCUCUCGUUUAUAUCCAAACCAACCCCGCUCCACAAUGCAUACCUUCACCCUUGUCUCCGCCAUCUCGGCCAUCGGCCUUUCCUCUCUCGCGCGCGUCGCCGCCCAGGAGGCCCCCUCUUGCGCCACGACCUGUCUCUCGGGCUCGCUCUCCUCCUCCGGCUGCUCGUCCGUCUCCGUCGACUGUCUCUGCAAAUCUGACGCCUACAUCGACGCCGUCACCUCCUGCGUUGCUUCCUCCUGCGCGCAGUCCGACUGGCAGGCGGCCCUAGACUACGCCCAGAGCCUUUGCGACUCCGCCGGCGUCACUCUCUCCGUCAACACUGCUACCUUCGCCGGUGCCUCGGGUUCCUCUGCCACCAGCGCCGCCGAGUCCUCCGCCGCGACCUCCGCCGAGGCUUCCUCGACUGAGGCCUCCUCCAGCGCUGAGGCCUCCUCCACCGCUGAGGCUUCCUCCACAUCUGCCGCCGAGUCCUCCUCCGCCGAGCCUUCCUCCUCCGCUGAGCCUUCCUCCUCCGCGUCUUCCUCGGUCGCCGCCUCGUCGUCCGCUUCCUCCUCCAAGGCUGCCUCGUCCUCGCUCGCGACCUCGACCACCGGCGGCGCCGGUGCCUCCUCGUCCGCCACCAGCGCCUCCUCCUCCGCCGCCGCCGGCUCCUCUGCCGCCGAGUCCUCCGAGGCCGCGUCCUCCGCCGUCGCGACCCAGAGCGCGUCCUCUGCUGCCUCGCCGCUCGCUGCCGCGGGCGACUUCACCGUCGUCAAGGCUGUCGUUGGUGUUCUUGUCGCGAGCUUCGUCGCUGGCGCUGCCUCCCUUGCUAGAUUGUAAAUAGCAAAAUCAAGAGUUCAGAGGUGUAACAAACCAGUGAUGUUUCUUUUCGGUUUGCGGAUCCCCCUUUUUUCCAACUAUCCUCUGUCCUCUGAAAAGCACAGGUGGUUCACUUCUUUUUUUUCUCUUCUCUUUUGCUCUUUCUCUUUGUCUUUCUCUCUUCUUUCUCUCUUUGUGAACAUUGAAAUGAAAGCAAAUGCUUUCCGACAGGUGAUCAUCACUUCUGUCCUUGAUGUAUGAUAUGGUUUAAUUCUACUUAUUGGUCAUUGAAAA